CUGACCUACUAACACAGAUCCAUGAGUCAGGAGCCACCUUGAAAGGAAAAAGCCACGGGAGGAGAGUGAGGUACCUCUCAACUUGUAGGAUUUUAUCGCCACGGUUAUUUCCUUAUUAGCUGAUGGGAAACCUCCACUUCUCCCCUGAGCUUGAUACGCGGUGGAAACCAAGAGCAGAGCCUCCAACCAGGAGAUAGAGAGCCUCUCCACCUGAAGUCCAGACAGCUUCCUCAGUAUUUCUGAAAAAAUGGAGGAUAUUCCUGGAGUUCACUAUUUCCUCAACUCCAGUGGAUUAAUUGAGCGUGGCAGUCACUGUUAAUGCAGACAAGCAUUAUGGUGUACAGUUAAAGACCUAUGUGAAUACUGACAGUACCAAACAGUGGUAAUAUGCAAUCAAUCAAGCAAGAGGUGGACUCCAGUGAGUCGUACAGUGGAGAGGAUGCCCUGGUCCUGGCUGUGGCCUUACAAGGGGCCAACAGAGACCUGAUGGGCCACAAAAUCUCUGCAAUCCCAUUCAAGGGUAAAACAACCUGCCGUAGGAAAAGAGAGUUUAUCCCAGAGGAGAAAAAAGACAACCUUUACUGGGAGAGGCGUCGCAAGAACAACGAGGCGGCCAAACGCUCGAGGGAGAAGCGGCGCAUAAAUGACAUGGUGCUUGAGAACAAGCUGAUGGCCCUUGGAGAGGAAAAUGCCUCCCUGAAGGCUGAGCUCCUGUCAUUAAAGCUGAAGUUCGGCCUGGUGAGCUCAGCAGCGUAUGCCCAAGAGGCCCAGAAGUUAUGCAGCUCUGCCACUGUCAACCUCUACCAGGAGUUUGUUCCACCCAGCGCUGACCCAGGUUCUUCCAGCAGGGAUUUGGAGCCUCUUCAUUUGCGCAGCAGCUGCAUAUCAGUCAUCAAGCAUUCACCUCACAUGCCCGAGACAUGCACUGCAACUCAGGGUGGCUUCAGCAUCUGCAGGACUGCAGAGGUCAAGCAAGAACCAGCAGAGAAUGGCAGCUAUGCACAAGAGAGGAGUAGUCCCUACGAGCUCUACAGAAACUACACAGCCAGCCCUCUGUCUGGUGUCUACUCCCAGGCUGCCUCAUUCCUGCAGAUCAGCAGGUCGUCCAGCGACUCCCCCAGGAGCUCAGAGGACGGCGCUGUGAGCAAAUCUUCAGAUGGUGAGGACGAGCAGCAGGUACCCAAAGGGUUGAUACCGUCUGUAGCUGACCCAAGAAGUGUCAUUGUCGCCACACACAAAGUGCCCGAUGCCAGCUCCUCAGCUUUGCCCCAUAAACUGCGGAUCAAAGCCAGAACCAUCCAAAUCAAAGUGGAGGCCAUUGACCCUGAAUACGAGUUCUCUGGGAAGUCCUCAUCCCCUGUCAGCAUCACAGAGGGAGGGUGCAACCAGACAACUCGGGACUCUUCAGAGUACAAGCAGCACCCCCUGUGCCCUUUGUCAGUGCAGGUCUCCAACAUGCAGGGGUGGACCCACCAGUCUGGGUGGCACAAAAGCAGCACAGAGACACUGUGGGAUGGCUGCAAGAGUAGCAGGCGAACCCCGAGCCCCAUCUCAAACAAAACUGCGGUGGACGUAAAAGAACCUUCCUAUGCACACUCACAUGCUGAGGACUCACAUUUACAACAGGACCCGACCACCCUGUCUGCAAGAAGACUGACCAUGACACAGCCAGGGUCUGUAAUAGAGUCAACCAAAAGCACCACUGAUCAUUAUGAGUCAUUAUCAAAAGGACGCUCCUCUGAAUAACUUUUGUAUAUUGUGCAUUUCCACUUCCUUUGCUGUUGCACUGUGUGGUUCUUAUAAGGGUCAAAUAAUGUUUCGAUUCCUGUACAUUUUCAAAUAAAAGGUUCAAAUAAUGACAGUCUAAAAGAGAGCUGCUGCAAGCAGGUCACCUGUAUUUAAAUAGCUCACCUGGUUAAAGUCAGUCUGAUUUCAGCUUCUCUAACACAAAUACUGUUUUCAUCCACUUUUUAAUUCUGGUCUCUUCUUUGGUGUUUUUGUUUUUUGUACUACCAUCAAUUAAAAUGAACACUUCCUGCAAUAUUACAAACCUCCAAAGAAACAGCAGGAUUCUGUCCUUUAAGAAAUCUGGAAUAUUUUUCAUGUAAAAAAAAAAAUCAAGAAGAUUUGAAUUUCAUUGACAAUAGUUUGAUCGAUGGAUUGAAAAGUGAAAUGAAUGGUAAUUGAAAACAGUAUUUCUGUUAAAACAAACAGAAAGCAGCAGAGUGAUGAGUAUGACAUGACUGACUGAUCAAGUGGAGGAAACGUUUGCCUUAACAGGAGUUGAUCAGAAAACAGGGAGAUGUUUUAUGUGAUUGAUUGUGGUUAUAAAAACAGGGAGAAAUAGAAAUAAAGGCCGAUCUCCUCCAUAGACCUGUUUCAGCUUGCUUCUCUCUGCAGUGGAGGAGGCUUAAAUAAAGCAUUUACAGGCACCAUUUGAGAAUUUACCAUAAAUUGUUAAUCAGUAAUGUAUGACACACAAUGUGUGGAGUGAAAUUUUUAUUUUACUUUUACCACAUUAUUUCUGACUGCUGUCACUGGGCUUCAAGCAUCAUUACACACCUAUUGCUACUGAACACUGCACUGCUGCCGUUAUCAUUACAUGUUUGGUCAUUCUUUGCCUUAAAGCUGAAAUCCAUAGGUUAUGAAUUCAUUUAAAGUGGUUGGAGAUGCAGCCCUUACUUCUUUAAAGGAAUGUUUUAUUUUAUAGGUUUGUAAUUUCGGAAUAAUUCCCUUUCCUGGAAAGAAACAUGAAAUUUGAUACGUAUCAUGGGAAAACUAGAUGCUUAAUUGGCAACUUAAAUUAACCGCUGUUACUAAUGUAGAGGGAUUCUGUAGUCAGUAUGCAGCAUGUCAGCUGAACAUGCAAAAAUAUGUAUUUUUUAAUAAAUAAAUGAACACAUGGAGAAUGAAGUUUCUAAUAAUAAAUGCAUAAUGAAUUAAUUAUAAGUUCAUUUUAAAUUGAGCUUCUUUUCAAUGAUAUUCCUCUUUUCCCUAUAGUGUCAAAUUACAUCUUUACAGGAAACUUACUCAGAAUGUAUUUGAGUUACACACCUAUACAGUAUUACUGACUGACAGUGUUAAUGCCGCUUACCUUCAUCAGUGAAGUAAACAGUGCUAUAUUGUUGUACAUGUUGCAGUCAGUGAUAUUAUCACUGCUCUCCAGCAGGGAGCAGAAACAGCCUCACUGACUCCACACUGCACACUCCAUCGUCUCUGCUGUGGUUUAAAAAGCAGAGACUUUUUUUAACCCGAGUUUAACGUAACUUUUAAACAGGCUCUGGUACAUUCACUGGUUGCCAGACAGCCGUUGCUUCUCUUAUGUUUUUUUCAGUAGUCUUGUUGAUGACUUAAACUUUCCAGGGCACUUGUUUUAACUGAGAAUGUGUGUGUGAGACUGGCUGCAGAAUUGGAGUGUAACUGUGUUUUAUAAAGCUCUGACACAUAUCCCCUCAUGUUUUAUCCCCUCAAUUUUUAUUAUCAAAAGGUCUCCAUGAAAUUCAGCAUUACACCUUCAUAGUUGGAGUAACUGUAUUAUUACAUAUUAUGGAAUCCAGAGCUGUCAGGGUUUCAUAAUUUUUUAUAGACAUUUGGGGUGAUUACAUCAUACACUAUGACUUCAUCCAUAGUCAAUAUAAAAAUGCUGACUUCAGUCAACCCUAACUGAUAUGACAUAAAAUAAUGCAGUUCAUUCCAAACACAUGGUUUAUGCAUUUGUUGUCACAGUAUUGAAAAUCUCACUGAUGAAGAGCGAGAUGACUCCGUUUUCCCAGCAUAACACUUUUCUCAAGAUUUAUUGUAACAGUGAAUUUUUUUGUUUACAAUAAAUGUCUUGUCACCAAA